AUGGAGCCGGUGGGCGGUGGCGGUGGCGGUGAUCGCCGCGGCUCCUCCCCUGCAGACCCGCGAAGCACCUUCGUGUUGAGUAACCUAGCGGAGGUGGUGGAGCGUGUCCUCACCUUCCUGCCCGCCAAGGCGUUGCUGCGGGUGGCCGGCGUGUGUCGCUUAUGGAGGGAGUGUGUGCGCAGAGUGUUGCGGACCCAUCGGAGUGUGACCUGGAUCUCCGCGCGCUUGGCGAUUGCCGGCCACCUGGAGGAGCAUUGCUUGGUCCGCGUGGUAGCUGAAAAGCUUGAGAAUGUCCAUAUCUUACCACAGACAGUUCUUUACAUGGCUGAUUCAGAAACUUUCAUUAGUCUGGAGGAGUGUCGUGGCCAUAAGAGAGCCAGGAAAAGAACUUCUAUGGAAGCAGCAUUUGCCCUUGAGAAGCUGUUCCCAAAACAAUGCCAAGUCCUUGGGAUUGUGACCCCAGGGAUUGUAGUGACGCCAAUGGGAUCAAGUAGCAAUCCACCUCAGGAAAUAGAAAUUGGAGAAUCUGGUUUUGCUCUGUUAUUUCCUCAAAUUGAAGGAAUAAAAAUAAAACCCUUUCAUUUUAUUAUGGAUCCAAAGAAAUUAACACUAGAAAGGCAUCAACUCACUGAAGUAGGUCUUUUAGAUAACCCUGAGCUUCGUGUGGUCCUUGUAUUUGGCUAUAAUUGUUGUAAAGUGGGAGCCAAUAAUUAUCUGCAGCAUGUAGUGAGCACUUUCAGUGAUAUGAAUGUCAUCUUGGCUGGAGGCCAGGUGGACAACCUGGCAUCGCUGACCUCUGAAAAGAACCCUCUGGAUAUUGAUGCCACCGGUGUGGUUGGACUAUCAUUUAGCGGACAUCGUAUCCAGAGUGCCACAGUGCUUCUCAAUGAGGAUGUCAAUGACGAGAAGACUGCUGAGGCUGCGAUGCAGCGCCUCAAAGCAGCCAACAUUCCAGAGCAGAAUACCAUUGGCUUCAUGUUUGCGUGUGUUGGUAGGGGCUUUCAGUAUUAUAGAGACAAGGGGAAUGUGGAGGCUGAUGCAUUUAGAAAGUUUUUUCCUAGUGUUCCUUUAUUUGGCUUCUUUGGAAAUGGAGAAAUUGGAUGUGAUCGCAUAGUCACUGGAAACUUUAUAUUGAAGAAAUGUAAUGAGGUAAAGGAUGAUGAUCUAUUUCACAGCUAUACAACAAUAAUGGCACUAAUUCAUCUUGGGUCAUCUAAAUAAAGCCACCUGUAAAGUGGCUUUCACAAUGUAUAACUUUUGGGCUCUGUCUUUUCCAGAAAAUGGAAACUUGGGAUAUGUAUAUUACAAACAAAAAACUUUCUAUGUAUCUGUUUUGUAGCUUUGACAUUCUGAAGAUUAUUUGGUAGUUUUUAAUAUAUUAGGUGAAGGACAAGUUUGUACAUGAUGUAAUGCAAGACCGGGAGUUGAGAGCUUCUGCAUCAGGCACAAGUGAACCAAUUAUGGCUGUACUGCACCAGAUAUGUAGCUGCUGUGUGAUAGGACUUUAAAUAGUCUUCUGCAUAGGAAGACUGAAAAAGGAUUCAUCAACAGAAAGGAGAUUUAAGACAUUCCAUGACUACCUCUGCAAUGUUAGAUGAUCUUUCAGCAGACUCAUGAAGAUAUUUUUCUCCCUUAAAUAAAGGAGAAAAAUACACAGAUGGCUUGGGAAAUUUUUCUCUGCUUUACAAUUUUACCAUUUUUUUCAGAAGCUGUAACAAAUUGCUGACUUUUUACUUAUUUGAUAAAUGUUAAAGAACUAUUUUUGUUUUAGUACUCUAAAGUUGCUUAGUCAAAUAAAUUGCCAAGACUAAUCAGUAUUUUAUUACCUUAUAAGGAAAAAAAUUUUCCUUUCCCCUCAAUAAAGAAAUUGCAACAGAAAAUUCUUUUUUUCACCUACUUCUAUGUAACUAAUUGGCAGAUGAGACAAUUACAUCACCUUAUUUUGGUUUUAUACCAAUAAAACAUACCUUGGAAACUCA